CAGACAGAUUCCACUUAAAGUUGGUGUAAAGAAGAAAAACCUGCUUAUUUUUGAUCAACAGCAGCAGAGCCUUGGCCUGAGAAUGCAACCUUGUACCAACCGCUAAUGGAUGAUCAGAUCCUGCUCUCAGACCAUGCCUCAUCUCUUUCUGUUCAGGCCUACCUCCGGAUGUGUGGUCUGCCAAUUCAGGUGGUCUGCAGAUACAAUGCUGAGUACAUGUCACCCUCUGGGAAAAUCCCCUUCAUCCACGUGGGGAAUCAGGUGGUGUCUGAACUGGGGCCAGUUGUGCAGUUCACUAAAGCCAAGGGCCACUCGCUGAGCGACAGCUUGGACGAUGUCCAGCGAGCCGAGAUGAAAGCGUACAUGGAGCUGGUGUACAACAUGCUGCUCACUUCUGAGCUGUUCGUCCAGUGGUGUGACGACGCCACAGCAGGCGAGAUUUCUCGGCCCAGGUACAGCAGCCCGUACUCCUGGCCUCUCGGGAACAUCCUGGCCUACCAGAAGCAGUGGGAGGUGCGCAGGAAGAUGAACGCCAUCGGCUGGGGAGGGAAGACGCUGGAGCAGGUUCAGACGGGCUGA